UUUGACUCUGCGGAGCACCAAAAACCAGACGUGCCUUGCCAGUCACAACUCACAACACGCCCUCCCUCUUCCCUUCCUCACCUUCUCUUCACCAUCCUCAGUUUUGGUAUAACAAUUACUCUGAUUUUGUAGCCUCCAUUUAAUAGAUCGUCUCUCUCCCUCCCUCUUUUUAAAACGAGAAACCGUGGUUCAGAGGAGACCCACAUUCUGUUUCGACUUCCCCUGGUUCCUCUCUCUCUCUCUCUCUCUCUUUCUCUCUCUCUCUCUCUCUCAGCGGAAGGCAAGUCUGGCAGCAGUUAGAAAAAAGGUUAGAAAAUGUUUCAGCAUCACAGAAGUCAUGGACAGCGCAAAGGUCAGGAGGCCUUGAACGAGUGCCAAACCUUUGUGGAAUGUGGAAACAUGUACAGAAGAACCAGACCAAGGGUCCUCCGUCUGUUCCUCCUCUUUUCCGUCGUCUCCUGCACCCUCCUCUUUGCUCCUCGCCUCUUUGCUGCCUUUACCAACUUACCUUUGUUCUACGUGGAGGAUACCUUUCUUGCUGAAACGGUGAACAGAAACCCUCCUUGUCCGUCCAUACUCAAAAACGGGACUGUUUGUUGUGACAGAACCAGCUUCCGCACAGACGUUUGUUAUAUGAAAGGGGACAUAAGAACCAUAUCUUCUACAAACUCGAUUUUUCUCUAUACCGCCUUCCUCAACACCACUGAACAGAAGCAAGAAAAGGAGACCAUCAAGAUCAAGCCGUACACCAGGAAAUGGGAAACAAGCCUCAUGAACACCAUUGAUGAGCUCACACUCGUCAAGACAUCGAGCUCUCCUUACCACCACCACUGCGAUGCUCACCACUCUGUUCCUGCUAUAUUCUUCUCAACAGGGGGCUACACGGGCAAUGUCUACCACGAGUUCAAUGAUGGAAUCAUUCCCUUGUACAUCACCUCGCAGAAGUACAAAAAAGAGGUGGUGUUUGUCAUCUUGGAGUAUCACAGCUGGUGGAUAACCAAGUACAGCGACAUUCUAUCUCAUCUCAGCAACUAUGCGCCAAUUGAUUUCGCAAACAGCAAGCAGAGGCACUGCUUCUCGGAAGCCAUUGUAGGCCUCAACAUCCAUGACGAGCUCACUGUGAACUCGUCCAUGAUGCGCGACGACCCGAAAAGCAUGUUGGAUUUCCGCAGAUUGCUGGAUGAUGCGUACAGGCCUAGAAUCAGGGGGUUGCUCGGGGAAGAAGGGAGGAAAGAGGACGAAAAUGAGAGGGGGCAGAGGUUGAUCUCCAAUCCCAAGUUGGUCAUCAUCUCUAGGAAUGGUUCAAGAGCAAUUCUGAAUCAGGAGACCUUGGUGAAAGUCGCCGAGGAGAUUGGCUUCAAGGUCGAGGUGUUAAGCCCGACGCGGACGACGGAGCUGGCCAAGGUAUACAGGUCACUGAACUCUAGUGAUGUUAUGGUGGGUGUUCACGGUGCAGCCAUGACCCACUUCAUGUUCAUGAGGCCUGGAACUGUUUUCAUCCAAGUGGUGCCAUUGGGUACAGACUGGGCUGCACAGACCUACUAUGGCGAUCCUGCCAUGAAGCUUGGUUUGAGAUACAUCAACUAUAAGAUUCUGCCAAGGGAGAGCUCCUUGUAUGCACAGUAUGACAAGGAUGACCCUGUGCUGACAGACCCACAAUCAUUGAACAAGAAAGGAUGGGAAGUCACCAAGCGUCUGUACUUGGAUGGGCAGAUCGUGACAUUGGAGAUGAAGAGAUUUAGGAAGAGGUUGUUGAGGGCCUAUAUCUAUUCUGUAAGUAGAAGAAGAAAGGAGAUGGUGGGGAGGUCUGUUUCCCUUUAGGUCAUUAGAAACUGAUCAAAUUCUUUUGUUCUUUUUGUGUUUUCUGGAUUUUUUAAAUGGUUGGUUGUCGAUGGUGGUGCCGUGAUGGUGAUGCUAGCUUUGAUUGAUCAAGACUGUUGAUUUUGUGUAUUGGGAAAGGAAAGGAAGAAGGGGAAUCCGUGAUCUGUUCUUGGUGUAGAUAAGAUAUUCAUUCAAAAGAGUCCGUCUCCAAUAAGUUAAUGUAUAGAGGAAUUUAAUUUGUAUACUUCAUCUUGAACACAUUUUGAGUCUCUCUUCAAUAAGUUAAUGUAUAGAGGAAUUUCAUUUGUAUGCUU